AUGAGGGCCGGCUCGGAGGGCAGCGCCGAGCCCGAGCCGCCCUCCAGCCUGCGGGCGUUCGCCAACAGCUCCUCACUGCACGGCAUCAGCCACAUCUUCGCCUACGGCUCGGUGUCGCUGCGCCGCGUGCUCUGGAGCCUGUUCUUCCUAGGCUCGCUGGGGCUGCUGCUGCUGGUGUGCGCCGAGCGCGUCGCCUACUUCCUCACCUACCCCCACGUCACCAAGCUGGACGAGGUGGCCGUGCCCAACCUCACCUUCCCGGCCAUCACCAUCUGCAACCUCAACGAGUUCCGAUUCUCCAAGAUCACCCGCAACGACAUGUACCACGUGGGUGAGCUGCUGGCGCUGCUCAACGACCGCUACGAGAUCAGCAACCCACAGCUGGCCGAGCCCGACGUCCUGGCUGCCCUGCGCGACAAGGCCAACUUCAAGAACUUCAAGGCGAAGCCCUUCAGCAUGGCCGAAUUUUACAACCGCACGGGCCAUGACCUGGCUGACAUGCUGCUGCAAUGCUCCUUCCGCGGCGCCAACUGCACCGCCCGCAACUUCACGGUGAUCUUCACCCGCCUGGGCAAGUGCUACACCUUCAACUCGGGGGAGCCGGGCACAGAGCUGCUGACCACGCUGCAGGGCGGCGCGGGGAAUGGCCUGGAGCUCAUGCUCAACAUCCAGCAGGAGGAAUACCUGCCCGUGUGGGGCGACACCGACGAGACCUCCUACGAGGCGGGGGUGAAGGUGCAGAUCCACAGCCAGGAGGAGCCGCCCUUCAUCGACCAGCUGGGCUUCGGCGUGGCGCCCGGCUUCCAGACCUUCGUGUCCUGCCAGCAGCAGCGGCUGGUGUACCUCCCGCCACCCUGGGGGGACUGCAAGGCCACCCCCAUCGAGUCGGACUUCUUCACCAACUACAGCAUCACCGCCUGCCGCCUCGACUGCGAGACCCGCUACCUGGCCGAGAACUGCAACUGCCGCAUGGUGCACAUGCCGGGCAACGCCAACGUCUGUACCCCGGAGCAAUACAAGGAGUGUGCCGACCCGGCGCUGGACUUCCUGGUGAAGAAGGACAGCGAGUACUGUGCCUGCCGCACGCCCUGCGACAUGGUGCGCUACGGCAAAGAGCUCUCCAUGGUGAAGAUCCCCAGCAAGGCCUCGGCCAAGUACCUGGCCAAGAAGUUUAACAAGACGGAGCAGUACAUCGCGGAGAAUGUGCUGGUCCUGGACAUUUUCUUCGAAGCCCUGAACUACGAGACGAUCGAGCAGAAGAAGGCAUACGAGGUGGCGGGGCUGCUGGGCGACAUCGGCGGGCAGAUGGGGCUCUUCAUCGGCGCCAGCCUCCUCACCAUCCUGGAGAUCUUCGACUACCUGUACGAGGUGUUUCGGGACAAACUCCUCAGCCUUUACAAGGACAAGAAAAGGACGCGGCGCAGCAACAGCAGCACCCUGGAGCAUCCAGCCGUCCCGGGUAGCCCUGCUGUCUCGCUCCCUCCGGGGCCCAGAGCGCCUGUCACACCCUGCGCAGCCACUCGGACAGCCUCGGCUUCACCCCGAACGUGCUACCUCGUCACCCGGCUCUAG